GGCGACCUUUGGAAGUAACUAGGAGCUCCAUUGUCGCGCGGUUAGGAGCAUACCUCUCUGCCUGAGGUACGCUAUAAUACAGCGGUAGCAACCGCGUUCACGUCGACGUCAAUAACGUUUCUUAGCCAUUUCUAAAACUUUCAAUACCAGCCAUCUAGACCGAUACACCUCCCCAACACCUACCGUUGACCUUGGUAACCCAAUAGUUUCGACGACAACGGGUAAUGGUUACUAAAAGUGGUCUUCAAAGACAGCAACUGCGGCUUUGAAACCAAAAACAUUUCGAUUGUGCGUAUCGCUUUGUAGCCUCGACCGAAAUUCGAUAAAUUCCAGUCGCAAAGUACGAUUCCCACCGACAGUCACCUCAUACCGACGACAAAACACAACUCAAUACCAAAUUUAAUCAUCACCGAAUUUAGCUGGACGAACCACAGUUCAUUUCAAGAUGUCAGGACUCUUCGGUGGCAGCUCUACAUCUGCGGCCCCAAGUAACACUAUGGGAGACCUAAAGAACGAUGUCGCUGUCUCAAAUCCUCCCGAAGACACAGUUUCCGAUCUUGUAUUUUCACCCACACAAGAUUUCCUAGCCGUUUCCAGUUGGGAUAAGAAGGUCCGCAUAUACCAGAUUGCUUCCAAUGGUUCUAGUGAAGGAAAGCAUAUGUAUGAGCACGACGCUCCUGUCCUCAGCGUGGAUUUCUCCAAGGAUGGCAACAAGAUUGUCUCCGGCGGCGCAGACAAGCAGGCCAAGGUCUGCGACUUACAAACCCUCCAGACAGCACAAGUUGCCGCUCACGACCAAACCGUCCGAUGCGCACGCUUCUUCGAGCUACCUAACUCCAACGGCCCUAUGCUGGUAACGGGUUCAUGGGACAAGACCAUCAAGUACUGGGACCUGCGACAAAGUACACCUGUUGGCACUCUAACAUGCCAAGAACGUGUUUACUCCAUGGACGUACGCAACUCGUUGCUAGUUGUCGGUACAGCUGAUCGUUACAUCAACGUUGUCAACCUUCAAGAUCCCCUUAAGUUUUACAAGACGCUUCAGAGUCCGCUCAAGUGGCAGACUCGCGUCGUCAGCUGUUUUACUGACGCUAGUGGAUUCGCCAUCGGUAGUAUCGAGGGUCGAUGCGCGAUACAAUACGUGGAGGACAAGGACUCGAGUUCCAACUUCUCGUUCAAGUGCCACCGCGAUCCUCCCCAAGGAAACACAACUCAAGUUUACUCCGUCAACGACAUCUCAUUCCAUCCCCAGCAUGGUACUUUUAGCACUGCCGGUAGUGACGGUACGUUCCAUUUUUGGGACAAGGAUGCUAAGCACCGUCUUAAGGGGUACCCAACCGUAGGAGGCAGCAUCACGGCAACAACAUUCAACUCCAGCGGUAGCAUCUUCGCGUACGCAGUGGGCUACGACUGGUCCAAGGGAUACAUGGCCAACAACCAAAACUUACCCAACAAAGUAAUGCUCCACCCCAUUCAAGGUGAUGAGUGCAAGCCGAGACCUAGCGUAAAGAAGCGUUAGGAGCCUAGCACUGGUGUCGACGGCAAGAAGAAAAACGGAAAGUCCGACAAUAGCAUGACUGGCAUUGUCAAGGAAGGGCUUGACGUG